AACAUUUUAAGCCACAAAUGUACAUAUACUUUCAAGUUGACGAGGUUUUUCUGAUUUUAAGAUUUCAGAGAAGUUACGUGGGAAGGUUUGGAUGGUUUGAAAUGCUUUGUAUGAUUCUUUGGUUUACUGUAAAUAGCACUGGCCAAUCAGAAUUUGUUUUACAUUUCAUGGCUACUUGAUCAAAGAUGGCGGCAAGUGAGGAUGAUAUUCCACCUGUACUGAGAGUUAGCCAGCUGGAUGCAGCAGAGUUAGACAGUGCCAUCCUCCAACAUCUCAAGUCACAGGUGUCACGAUUAUUCCAGUACUUCAAGCCUGGAAUCCUGGCCAGAGUUGAACCAGAAGUAAAUGCUUGCCUGAGAUUUCUCCUUUGGAAGUUUACCAUCCACACUGCGAGUGCGACCGUCGGACAGAAACUGUUGAACCUGAGAUACAGCGGGAGCCUGUCCCCGUCUGCCGGACUAACGGACCGACAGAAACUUCUCUACGCGCUUAUCGUGGUUGGCGGGAAGUGGCUACAGGAUCGGUCACAUGACCUGGCCGGCUGGACCGGCCGCGUGUCCCUGUUUCAAUCGGUUUUUAAGGUGUUGUCAGUAGCUGAGAACUGCCUGAAGGUGGCUUCAGUGUUGAACUUCCUGGUGUUCCUCCAGCAGGGCAGGUACCAGUCUCUCCUGGAGCGGGCUCUCUCCAUACAGCCUGUUUACAACAGGAAACAGGAUAUCAGACAGGUCAGCUUUGAGUACAUGACCAGGGAGUUGCUGUGGCAUGGAUUUGCGGAGUUCCUGUUCUUUCUGCUUCCCUUGAUCAACAUCAGGAGGUGGAAGAAUGUUGUGACAAACCAGCUGCUAGGUUCGGUGAGGCAGGACAGCGAUGUAAACCUGCGAGGUCCGGUGGAACUGAGGGAGUGUGCCGUGUGCGGGGAGUGGCCCACCAACCCUCACGACAUCGGCUGUCAACAUGUCUUCUGCUUCUACUGCAUUAAAGCCAAUCAGCUGGCAGACCCAGGCUUCAGCUGUCCAUCCUGCUCCCAGCCAGCCAAUCAGAUCAGGCCAGUCAACAGUGUUCCGGUCACCAUCAUGUCGUCAUGACAACAGCUUGGAAUGAAUAAAUGUUAACCAGAUUUUUUUGUUGGAGGAGAAAUAUAUCAGUUCUGGAUAUGUUCUUGCUCCGACUUGACCGUCAAAUUGCUGACUGUCACAAUAAAAAUACUCGUAUGAUACAGAGUUGUAUCAAAACUGUAAAUUUAUAUUUGUAUAUAUUAAUCCAAGGAGCUUAAAAUCUAGAUCAUUCCACCAAAACAUGUCAUAUGGUGAAUCAUUCAAGCUAGGAGGUUUAUUCAAUUUGUGUAAAACUUAUGUAAGUUAUUAUGUUAUGUUAAAAUGACAAUACUGUAAUGAAUUGGUAAAGGAAUUGACAGAGACAGA